AAGCCACAAGCUUCUACCUCUGUCACUGACCACAAUUCCAAUCCAAAUGAAUGCAAGAUCAUGCCGCUGCGUGUGGUUCCGCAUGUUGAGGCCAGCGGUACAUAGACAGACGUUAUGUGUGCAAUUAAGAGCCCCUCCAUCUCGACCGUUUGCGGUUUCUAGUCCUGCAUUCCUGGCGAAACCAUCCUCUAAAACCGCACCAGCUCUCCAGAAUCGAGAUAUCCCCUACCCAACCGUUACCGUUAUAUCCGCUGCUAGCGAAAACCUUGGAGCGCAUCCGCUGUCAAAAGCGCUCACAUUAUAUGACAAUACAACCCAUGAUUUAGUUCUAGUGAACAACCGGACAGAUCCCCCAGUCUGCCGAAUCAUUGCUCGCGAAAAUGCUACGCCAAAAUCUUCAACUUUCGUAAAACCGCCCAAGAAUGAGAAAAUCCCUCAGACGACGGUCGAAGUUCUUUCUGAAGAGAAUGAAAGCUUAGGCACCCACUCGCUAGAAAAAGCCCUGACGCUUUUCAACCGCCGUACUCAUGACCUUCUGCUGAUAUCCCCAGACAAAAACCCACCGAUUUGUCGUAUCGUAUCUCACGAAGUUCAAAAGAAAGCUAAAGCUGAAGCACGUGGAGUCAAACGACCAAAAGACGGAAAAUCUAAUACCGCAAAGGAGCUUGAAGUCGGAUCCAGUAUCUCGCCACACGAUCUGAAUAUUAAGUUGACAAAAGCUCGGCAACUGCUGGAGGACAAGUAUCGGGUUCGCUUCACAAUUGUUGAUAAGCGGAAUAGGAAGAGUGAGGCUGUGUUGAAGCAUGUUUCGGAUGCCCUGCAGUCGUGUGCGCAGAUGGUCGGUCAGCCAACGAGCCACGAUCGAAAGCUGGUGGCGACCUUUGUCAGCAACAAAAAGUGAGACAUAAAGAUAUAUAGUCACAUAUUUAUCAAGGAAUAAGGGUGUUUGUUUGUCAUCGAAUAUAUUGGUCGUAUGUGGCCUUCCGUGUUGUUACCAUAUCGCUUAAGAACCGCGGUUGGCAAAAGAUGAUCUGCAGCUAUCCAUGGGGCCUCGUAGACACGGCAGCGUUUUUCACAAACACUACUGAGACGUCCCAUUCCGCAAACAGCAAAUAGACUGACAUCAGAAUUAUAUGGUGACUUGCCCUUAAUGUAUUCUACAAACAUCAACAAAGAGGACGUACGCUGCG